AUGCGUUACACCGAGCUCCUCGCCCUGGCCAUGGGCAACUUGGCCGCUGCCCAGUUCACCACUGGCCGCUUCUCCAACACCACCACCGGCGCCAUUGAGACUGGCACUGCCACAACUGGCACCGAUGUCACCGGCACUGUGACCUCCAGUGCCGCUACCAGCACCUCUACUAGCGGCAACCCUGACGGCUUCAACUUCCUCGGAUGCUUCUCUUCUGAGAACGGCUUCCCUGGCUUCACUCAGGCCUACUCCUCUGAGGAGAACGACUCUGAGCGUUGUGCCGAUGCCUGCUUGGGCUCCAACUUCUUCGGCCUCUACGACAACAGCUGCUACUGUGGUAGCGAGCUUGAUCUCUCCUCCUCUCCCGCUGUCAGCACUGACCAGUGUGACAUCACUUGCCCUGGCAACGAUGCUGAGAACUGUGGUGGUCUCUCUUCUGGCGACCGCCUCAUGCGCCGACAGGUCGCUGUCAACGUUCUCCUCUCCGUCUACGUCGCCAUCGGUGUGAACCCGGGUAAGACUGACACUGUCAUCAACACCGACUUCGUCACCAAGACCCUCCCUCCUGUCACCACCACUGCCACCGUCACCUUCACUGAGGAUGGCACCACCGUCACCCGGACCGUCACCACUGUUCUCCCCGCCAUCCCCACCGAUGUCAUCAUCAUCUGCUACGGUAACUACUGUGCUCCUCAGGUCCACUGCCCUACCUGCACCAAGUGGCAGAUCGUCUGCGAGGAUGGCCUCUGCGCUCCUCGUGAAUGCCACGACGACACCUGGAGCCAGCUCAAGAUCUGCAACAGCGGAAAGUGCCACUAUGCCGACUACACCGGUAAGGAGUGCAACCAGCGCAUCGUCUGCUACGGCAGCAAGUGCCAGCGUGACCAGCACUACUCUAUCGACUACGCUCGCAAGUUCGUCUGCGAUGUCGAUGAGCACCGAUGGUACUUCGAUGAGUGCAAGGACGACUGCUACACCUAUGAGAAGUGCUCCAAGGGCAAGUGCGAGCCUGUCCACCCUCCUGUCAAGCCCACUGAGCCUGUCAGCCCUCCCAAGCCCGUUACUCCCGGCAAGCCCCCUGUUAUUGUCGUCCCCGAGCCCGUUACUCCCUCCAAGCCCGUCACCCCCGGCAAGCCUGAGACUCCUGCUAAGCCCGAGACUCCUGGCAAGCCCGAGACUCCUGCUAAGCCCGAGACUCCUGCUAAGCCCGAGACUCCUGCUAAGCCCGAGACUCCUUAA